UGAUCGUCUCCAACUCGACCAUAACUGGCCCUAGCACGAACCUUUCAUGGAAGUUGGGAAGAGAAGUAUAGAAAUUACACGUCCCUCAUGUUCUUGCGACCUGUUUUCCUCUUAUUUAACUUCAUUUCCUAUCGUUCUCUUUCAAGGCCACAUAUUUUCUUUUCCUCUUCCACCCGAAAGACCACAAGGCUAACUAAACAAGAAUGUUUGCUUCACCUCCAAAACUGCAAAUCCAUGAAAGAUUUGAAACAAAUACAGUCUCAGAUGUUCAGGGCUGGUCUUCAUCAGAACAGAGAUGCACUCAACAAGCUUAUGGUCUUCUGUACGGACCCAGAUUCCGGGAAUUUACAGUACGCAGAGAGACUUUUCAAUUAUAUUCAAGAACCAUGUCUCUUCUUAUACAAUUUGAUGAUCAAAGCAUUUGCAAAGAAGGGUAAUUUCAGGACAGCUGUUUUACUCUUCGCUGGAUUGAGACAAAACGGUUUGUCCCCCGAUAAUUUUACUUAUCCAUUUGUUCUUAAGGCAAUCGGAUGUUUGCGGGAGGUCAUCGAGGGAAUGAAAGUUCAUGGUUUCAUCGUUAAAACUGGGCUUGACUUCGACUCUUUCGUAAGGAACUCGCUCAUGGAUAUGUACGCUGAAAUGGGUUAUACUAAAACAUUGCAGAAGUUGUUUGAAGAAAUGACUGACAGAGAUGUUGUUACUUGGAAUGUUUUGAUUUCAGGGUAUGUUAGGAUUGGGAGGUUUGAGAAUGCACUUACUGUUUUCAAAAGGAUGUGUCGGGAAACUAGUGCCCUACCUGAUGAAGCUACUGUAGUAAGCACUCUCUCAGCUUGUGUUGCUUUGGGAAACCUGGAACUAGGUAAGGAGAUUCAUGGUUAUAUUUGCAAGGAGCUAGAAUUCUCAACUAUAAUUGGUAAUGCUUUGUUAGACAUGUACUCUAAGUGCGGAAGUUUAAGUCUGGCAUGUAGGAUCUUUGAUGAAAUGCCAAUUAAAAAUGUGAUUUCAUGGACGAGUAUGGUUUCUGGUUAUGUGAACUGUGGUCAGCUGGAUGAUGCCAGGGAUCUAUUUGAGAGGAUUCCAACAAGGGAUGUUGUUCUUUGGACAUCUAUGAUAAAUGGGUAUGUGCAGUUUAAUCGUUUUGAUGAAGCUUUAGCUCUGUUUCGGGAAAUGCAAAUUAAGAGAGUCAAACCAGAUAGAUUUACUCUGGUUGCACUCCUUACGGGCUGUGCUCAGUUGGGAGCCUUAGAACAAGGGAAGUGGAUUCAUGGACAUAUUGAGGAAAACAUGAUCAGAAUAGAUGCUGUUCUUGGUACUGCUCUUAUUGACAUGUAUGCAAAAUGUGGGUGCAUAGAGAAAUCACUUGAGAUUUUCGAGAGUGUAAAAGAGAGAGAUAAUGCCUCAUGGACUGCAAUCAUCUGUGGGCUUGCUAUGAAUGGAUUGACCAGUAAAGCACUAGAACUAUUCUUCAAAAUGAAAUCUGCUGGUGCUAAACCAGAUGCUAUCACCUUCAUUGGAGUUUUAAGUGCAUGUAGUCAUGGGGGAUUGGUAGAGGAAGGUCGUUGCUAUUUUGAUUCCAUGAGGAACGAACACCAAAUGGAACCAAAAACAGAACACUAUGGAUGUGUGGUUGACCUAUUUGGCCGUGCUGGGCUGCUGGAUGAAGCUGAGAAGCUGAUAGAAACGAUCCCAAAUGAUAACUUUGAGGUUACGGUACCUCUCUGGGGUGCUUUGCUUAGUGCCUGCAGAAUCCAUGGAUACGUUGCGAUGGGUGAGCGUGUGGCCAAUCGCCUUGUUGGAGUUGUAUCUAGCAAUUCUGGUGUUCAUACCCUUCUUGCCAACAUUUAUGCUGCAGCUGACAGAUGGGAGGAUGUGACUAAGGUGAGAAGAAAGAUGAAGGAUCUUGGAGUCAAAAAGGUCCCUGGGUGUAGUUCAAUCGAGGUAAAUGGCAUUGUCCACGAGUUUCUUGUUGGAGAUACAUCACACCCAGAGAUGAAGGAAAUCUAUUCCAUGUUGACUGACUUGGCCAAACCAUUGUUAGGCUUGGAGGAAAAUGUUAUAGACAGGGAAGACAUGAUUCCAGCGAUAUAGUGCUUGAAGGAUUAUUUGGGUUUAGGACUGAAAAUAUAAGAACUUCCCUAGAGGACUACUUGAAAAAUGGCGUCAGAUUAUCUUCAUAUGGUGCAUGACUAACUGCCUAAACAAGUGUACAUCUUGAUGCUGAUUUUUCAACAGUGAAGGAAAGACCGAGUUUCUUUC